ACGGAGAUUCCGACGGAAGACACAGCCGUCGGACAAUUUGGACGGAAUUCUGACCGAUUUCCGACGAAAACAAAAAAUCUGAAGUCGUCGGAAUUCCGUCGGCUAAUUCCGACGAAUUUCCGAGAAAACAAGGGUCGUCGGAAUAUUCCGAUGAUUUUUCGACGAUAUUCCGAUAAACAAUAUAACCGUUGUAGUCGUCGAAAAGUCGUCGGAAUAUUCCGUCAAAUUUCCGACGAUAUGCCGAUGAAAAGAUAUAACCGUUACGGUCGUCGGUAUUCCGUCGGAAUUUUCCGACGAAUUUCCGACGAACCAAGUGACCGUUAUGACCGUUUUAUAGCCGUUCGAGAUUGGAAAAUACUGACGGAAUUCCGACGGAAUGCUUUAUAUCUGUCGGUAUUCCGUCGGAAAGUCGUCGGAUGUCCGUAAGCAAUUUCCUAUAAAUGCAACCCCUCCUCAUUCAUCUCAUUCACACCUCAUUCUCUCUUCUUUCUCUUUAGUCAUAACAAUUCCGUGAAAAUCAUGUCUUCAGGAGCUUAUUAUCGUUCGUGGAUGGAUAAACCUCAUUUGGAUCCCAACACUAAUUUGCUUACGGAAGAAUACGUUCAAGGAAUUGGAGAAUUCAUGAGGCUUGUUCAACAGCAACCGGAUGCAAAAAGUGGUAUGUUAAGAUGUCCCUGCUCUACUUGCAAUAAUAAUAAGGUUAUAAAAGAAUUUGAUGUUUGGACUCAUUUGUAUAUGAAAGGGUUUUCACGUAAUUAUAAAGUUUGGUACCUUCAUGGGGAAACUGGUUAUGAAUAUGGUAGUACUAGCGAACCUCAGCCUGUUAGUGAACUUCAGCCUGAUAUUAGGUUAGAAGAACCUAGAACGGAUAUAGAUUAUGGUGUAGGUACUGAGCAGAUGGUACAUGAUCAUUAUAGAGGGAAAGAACCAAAUCCCGAAUCUAGGAGAUUUUUUGAUAUGUUAGAUGCAGGAAAACAACCUUUGUAUCAAAAUUGUAGAGAUGGUCAUUCAGUCUUAUCAUCUGCAACUAGAUUAAUGGGUAUUAAGACAGACUAUAAUUUGGCUGAAGAAUGUAUGGAUGCGAUUACUGAUUUUGUCAAAGGUAUUCUACCUGAGGAUAACCUUGCACCGGGUUCAUACUACGAGGUUCAGAAACUUGUAGCCGGUCUUCAACUACCGUACGAAGUGAUAGAUGUAUGUAUUGACAACUGCAUGAUCUACUGGAGAGCGGAUGAGACACGAAAUGUAUGCAAAUUUUGUGGGAAACCUCGUUAUCAGGAGACGAGGGGAAGAGUUCCGAUCCCGUUCAAAAGAAUGUGGUAUUUGCCUUUGACGGAAAGAUUGAAGAGGUUGUAUCAGUGUGAGCGCACAGCAAAAGCAAUGAGAUGGCAUGCAGAGCAUUCCACAAAUGGUGAGAUUAGACAUCCUUCAGAUGCGAAGGCUUGGAAACAUUUCCAGUCAACAUAUCCAGAAUUUGCGGAAGAGAGAAGAAAUGUUUAUCUUGGAUUAUCUACUGAUGGUUUCAGCCCGUUUGGAAAGCAUGGAAGACAGUAUUCUCUAUGGCCAGUUAUCGUGACCCCGUACAACUUACCGCCGAGCUUGUGCAUGCGACGAGAGUUUUUGUUUCUCUCAAUUCUCGUCCCCGGUCCAGAUCAUCCUAAAAGAUCACUAGAUGUGUUUCUUCAACCACUGAUAUAUGAGUUGCAACAACUAUGGGCGCAUGGUUUUGAGACAUACGAUGUUUCGUGCAAAGAAAACUUUCAGAUGCGGGCAGUACUUAUGUGGACAAUAAGUGACUUUCCAGCAUAUGGUAUGUUAUCUGGAUGGACAACACAUGGGAGGCUAUCAUGUCCAUAUUGUCAAGAUGACACCGAUGCUUUCCAACUAAAGAACGGAAGGAAAACGUGUUGGUUUGACUGUCACAGACGAUUUCUUCCACCUGAUCAUCCAUACCGCAGGAGUAAGACUUCGUUUACGAAGAACAAGCAGGUGUUUGAUGGUCCACCUGAGGAAGUUAGUGGGGAAGAUUUGUUGAAGCAGUUUAGGGAUUUUGAUGCAGAAAGGACGCCAGAUGUAGGUGGACAUGAAAACAUUCGAGUCAGUGCGGUUGGAGAGCUACAUAACUGGCACAAAAAGAGUAUUUUCUGGGAUCUGCCAUAUUGGAAGACUCAUCUAUUGCGGCAUAAUUUAGAUGUCAUGCAUAUUGAGAAGAACUUCUUCGACAAUCUGAUGAACACAGUCCUUAACAUCCAAGGUAAAACGAAGGAUAAUUUGAAGUCAAGGUUGGAUUUAGUCGAUAUCUGUGAUCGUUCUGAACUUCACGUUGAUGAGAACGGUACGGCCCCUUUUCCCAUUUAUCGGCUGGAUGGUGCUAGAAAAGAAGAGUUCUUUGAUUGGAUUACAGAUAAAGUGAAAUUUCCUGACGGAUAUGCAUCAAAUUUGGGGAACUGCGUUGAUAGAAGCGAAGGAAAGUUUAGUGGCUUGAAGAGUCAUGAUUGUCAUGUAAUUAUGCAGCGCCUCCUCCCGUUUGCUUUUUCAGCAUUAUUGCCACGUAAUGUUCAUGAAGCAAUUGCAGGGAUAAGUGUUUUCUUCCGCGACUUAUGCAGCAGAGUAGUGACUGAAGAGGGUAUUAAUAAUUUGAAGACAAACGCACCAGUCAGCAUGUGCAACCUUGAGAAGAUAUUUCCUCCAUCAUUCUUUGAUGUAAUGGAACAUCUUGCUAUUCAUCUCGCAAGAGAAUUGGAACUUGGUGGUCCUGUGCAGUACAGAUGGAUGUAUAUUUUUGAGCGUUAUAUGCAUCAUCUGAAGAAGAUGGUCAAAAAUCAAAGCAGGGUGGAAGGAUCUAUAGUGGCACAGGUGAUCAAUGAAGAAACUGCAAUCUUUGCUGAAAAUUAUUUUCCACCAGAAGUGCAUACAAAACACCGAAGACCUGCUCGGCAUGAUGACAGAGGGGAGAGAGCAACAUAUCAUGUUACUGUCCCAAGCAUGUUCAAGGAAAUAGGACGACUUAGCGGAAAAUUCACGAAGCGCAGACUUACGGACACUGAGCACGCUCAUUUGCAAACAUAUUUGCUCACCAACUGUGAAGAUGUUCUACAAUAUGAGAGUGUAUAUAUGGCGGAGUUGCGUAUGACUCACAGGCAUGCAACAGAAGAUGAGCUUCAACAACUUAGAGAUAACGGAUUUGCUGUGUGGCUUCGUAGUUAUGUGAAUGAUGGUUUGGCCAGAGGUUUUGUGUUCGAUGAUUGGAUACGCGAAUUUGUGCAGGGACCAAACUAUGUGGUCAAAUCAUAUCCAAAAUUUUGUACGCGAGGAUAUGCAUUCACAAGGAAAGGUCAUUCUAAGACAACAUAUGAUGCUGGUGUUUCAUCUUCUUCCGGUGACGAUGUCUACUACGGCAACAUAAAAGAAAUAUUGGAAAUCCAAUUUCUGGAAUGGUUGGAUUGCGUUGUGUAGUAUUCUAUUGUGAUUGGUAUGACACCACCCCAGAUAGAGGAGUGAAGAUUGAUGCGUUUGGUGUUACAUCAGUUCAUUCGCGGCGGAAACUUCAAUACUAUGAUCCCUUCAUUCUUGGUUCGCAAGCUGAUCAGGUAUGUCAAUCUAUUCAUAAUUUUUUACCAAUACAAUUAAUUAAUGUUAUAUAUUUUACUAAUAUUUGUAUAAUUGAUAUGUAUAGGUAUGUUACAUCAGUUACCCUCGGGUGACGUACAGAGAUGAUCCAUGGGUCACUGUAACGCAAAUCAACCCAAGAGGACGAGUGGAUGGAACUUCUGAUGAUGAUGAACCAUUGCAACCAGAGUCUACCAGCAACGCCCAGGCAGUUGAAGAUUUGGCAAAUGUUGAACUCGUUGAGGAUUUGACUGAGUUUGGACUUGAUGCUGUUGUACAUUCGGAGCCAGAAGCUGAGGUUGGGGAGUUUGAUGAAGAUUCAGAAGAUUCGGAUUAGUUUUUUUUUUUU